AUCCCUUUUGUCUCACACGAGUUUGACAAAAUAAUUUUAUCGUAUUUCAACACUUUAAAGUUAUUACAAAGAGAACAAAAGUUGAAACAUGUCGCGCUUUUUUGCCGGUGGUUCGGAUAGUGAUUCCGAGAGUUCUAGUGAGGAUGAACAAAUUAACAAAGUAUCACAGCCGACAAUUCAGCAAGUUGUUGUUUACAGCGACGAUGAAGAUGUCAAGCGUGUUGUUCGAUCGCAAAAAGAAAAGCGAUAUGAAGAACUUACAAACAUUAUAAAAAGUAUUCGAAAUCAUAGGAAAAUUAAAGAUAUUGGAAGCAUUUUAUCAAGCUUUGAAGACUUUACACGUGCCUAUACGAAAGCACAGCCAGUCAUCAUAAAAGAGGAGAAAGGAAUCAUUCCAAGAUUUGUGAUUCGAUCAAUUGUUGAGCUUGAAGAUUUCAUCAACGUAACAUGGGAAGACAAAGAUGGACGCAAAAACAUGUCGAAGAAUAAUGGAAAAUCUCUUGGAACUUUACGACAAAAGUUCCGAAAGUACAUCAAAGACUUUGAAAGUGAAAUGAAGAAGUUCCGUGAAAAUCCUGAUCAAGGCGAGUACGAAGAUGAUGAAGAGGACAAAGCAGUUGAACAAGAUUCCGACUCAGAAGUUGAAGUGCCAAAAGCAGUUUCAUUCAAGAAAGAAGUAACAGUGAAGGAAAUCAAACCGAAAGUAGCUAAACCUGAUGAUGGAGAAUCUGAUGAUUCAAUGGAUUGGGGCUCUGAUAGUGACACAUCUUCCAGCUCAGAAGACGAAGAUCCAACUGAUCUUCGUAAGAAGUUUUUGAAGAAAACAACUGAAGCCGAAAAGGACGAGCCUGAAAAAGCUCGUGAGAAGAAGCCUAAAUUGACACGACCGAGAAAAGAAGUUGUCGCUGAGCCUGAAGAUGACGAUGAAGGUGGAUGGGAAACCGUUCCCAAAUAUGGAGCGAGUGAGAAACCCAAAAUGUUCGCAAAAGAUGCUGAAAUUGAUAUUCACAUUGUGUUGAGUAAACUUAAUGAAGUUAUGUCAAAUCGUGGAAAGAAGAAGACCGACAGAAAACUUCAAAUUGAAUUCCUUCAUGAACUCAAAACAAUUGCUGAACAGCACAACUUGGGAGCAGCACUUGCCGUUAAAAUUCGUUUCAAUAUUGUUUCAGCAAUAUUCGAUUACAACUUGAAGAUAUCUGAACCGAUGAAAAUUGAAUAUUGGAGCAAAUUACUUGAAGUGAUGGCAGAUUUAAUGAAAUUGCUGUUGGUUAAUCUCAACGACAUUAAAUUGUCGGAAUCGAUUACCGAUGAGACCGAGGAAUAUGAAACGAAACCAUAUCGUUUACGUGGAUGUGUGCUGACUGCUGUUGAACGUUUAGACGAUGAAUUCAUUAAGUUAUUGAAGGAAUGCGAUCCACAUAGCAAUGAUUACGUUGAACGAUUGAAAGAUGAAGUGACAGUCACAAAGCUCAUCGAACAAGUAUUGAAAUACGUUGAAGUGCAAGGAACACCUUUGGAGAUUUGCCGCGUUUAUUUACGUAAAAUUGAUCAUUUGUAUUAUAAAUUUGAUCCCAACGUGUUGAAGAAGAAGAAAGGACAAUUUGAAAAUCGAACAUCUGUUGAUGAAAUGGAGAAAUUAUGUCACUUUAUUUAUGCUAACGAUAACACUGAUCGAUUGAGAACGAGAGCAAUCUUAUCGCAUAUCUUUCAUCAUGCACUUCAUGACAAUUGGUUCCAAGCUCGUGAUUUAGUGUUGAUGAGCCAUUUACAAGAAACAAUUCAACAUUCGGAUCCAUCAACGCAAAUCUUGUACAACCGAAUGAUGGCCAACUUGGGAUUGUGUGCUUUCCGUCAAGGUAACAUCAAAGAUGCUCAUCAAUGUCUGAUUGAAUUGAUGAUGACAACAAAGCCUAAAGAAUUAUUGGCACAAGGUUUAUUGCCACAACGUCAACAUGAACGCAGCGUGGAACAAGAAAAAGUCGAGAAACAACGUCAAAUGCCUUUCCAUAUGCACAUCAAUUUGGAAUUAUUAGAAUGCGUUUAUUUAGUCUCCGCUAUGCUUUUAGAAAUUCCUUACAUGGCUGCACAUGAAUUUGAUGCUCGUCGUCGUAUGAUAAGUAAAACUUUCUAUCAGCAAUUGCGAUCAUCUGAACGUCAAUCACUUGUUGGUCCCCCAGAAUCAAUGCGUGAACAUGUCGUUGCUGCAUCAAAAGCAAUGCGUCAUGGUGAAUGGAAGGCAUGCUCUGAAUUCAUUGUCAACAAGAAAAUGAAUACAAAAGUUUGGGAUUUGUUCUACGAAGCUGAUCGUGUUCGUGAAAUGUUGGUGAAGUUCAUUAAGGAAGAAUCAUUGCGAACUUAUCUUUUCACAUAUUCGAAUGUUUAUGGAUCAAUUAGUGUUCCAUAUUUGUCGGAAAUGUACGAUUUGCCCAAAUUGAAAGUUCACUCAAUUAUCAGUAAGAUGAUAAUUAAUGAAGAAUUGAUGGCUUCACUUGAUGAUCCAACAGAGACUGUCGUUAUGCAUCGUUCAGAACCAUCACGUCUUCAAGCAUUGUCGAUGCAAUUGGCUGACAAAAUCACCAACUUAGUCGAUGCAAAUGAAAGAAUUUUCGAAGCCAAACAGCCGAACUUCUUCCAACGUAAUCAAGGUGGCUACAAUCGACAAAAUCAAGGAGGUAAUCAAGGUUACAAUCGCCAGCAGAACUUUAAUCAAAAUAAACGCCAAGGUCAGCAACGUAAUCGAAUGCAGAAAAAUAAUUAUCACCAACAGCAGCAGCAACAACAACAAACGAUCGAGGAAAAGUUAGAAUAAAUUUCAUAAUCCUUUCAAAUCUUCCUUGAACCUCAUGAAUUGUCAUAUUUGCUUGCAUCUCCUCCUGGUGAAAGUUUUUUCAUGACAAUGUUAAAUUGAAUCUGGGAGGAGAUGAACGAUAAAUAAUAAUUUUCUUAUAAUUGUUCGACUCAUUAUCGAAAAUAUUCAAUAAAGUUUCUUUUACUGGGUAACAAAGACGAGAUAAAA